AUGCAGAAGUGUCCUUAAAGCUUUGCAAGAGGACUACAAGCUAAAUUUCCAUUACGAAGGGAAGGUGUGAGACCCUAUCAACCUUUAGCAUGUUUCUUCCCCCAAGCAGGAAAUGGCUUCUGCAACAUUGCUUUUCUUUAGAAAGAGGCGGGAGGGACUGGCCGGAAAAGAUGAACUACUCCGAUCGAAGCGCGGCUUCAUCGUUCUUCGACGCAUUCUCCUUGAACCCGCCUCCGUACAGAGUUCUUCUGAUUCUAUCGGUGAUCGGGAUCUUCCUCGGCAUCAAAUGGCACGUGUCGUACGAGGAGGCGGUUGAGUCCGCAGAGGAAAGCUUCAAUUGGCUGCUGCUGCUGGUGCCGGUGGUGUUGAUUUUCGCCGUCCGUUGGCUGUCGAGCAUGGAGGCGCCGGCGUGGCUGCUGGGCGGGGCGCCGUGGAACCGGAGCAGGAAACUGAGGUAUCUCGGGACGUCGGAAGGAGGCUCGCCGUGGGGUGUGGCGGCGUUGAUCCUCUUGUUGCUCGUCUUGCUCCAGUUCAAGUCUGCUCUUCUCGACAUGUAGACCACAAAACCCCUAUGCACAUCUUCAUCUUCAUCUUCCUCCUCCUCCUCCUCCUCCUCCUCUGGAUAUAUAUAUAUAUGUAUGUAAUCAAAGAAUAAACCUUUUUAUAGAUUAAGGUUUUAAUUUGAUCAAUCGUAAUUUUUAAUUUCGGGGGCUGGCCUUAGAUCAAUUGUUCACUCUUAGCUCACUGUCAGUUAAUCAGCAAUCAGUGUGUGUGUAAUCGGGGCUCUGUUUUCUGUGUAUAAUAGUGUCUGCCUUAAAAUUUUCUUUUCUUUUUAUGGAGUGUUUCUUUUUGGAUGAUUAGUUUUGAAAUCUAUGAACGCUGUUAUCUAUGAACUACUUGAUUAGUUUACAACUUAUAACUCAAGUUUAGUUUGUGUAUCACACUUUCAUUUACAAGUAAAUUAAAGCUAAGAACUUGUA